AGGAUGUAAUUGAUAUUUUUAUUGUGCUCACAACUAAUAGUGAGAGAUCAAUACUUACAGGCACUUAUGAGUGUAAAAGUAUGGGGAAAAUACUUUCCACGAUGGCUUCCAGUCUUAUGUAAGAAGUACUGAAACUUUGUUCUAAAUGCAACAUUUGAUGCAUAGCUAAUGUGAUUCAUGAAGCUGCGGGGAAAAGAGAAAAAUGAAACAUGUUGAGUUUACUGGAUGAAUGACAUCAUCUCCCUCAGUGUUAGAGCUGAGGUGGACGCCGUGACAGUAGAUGAGGUGAUGGACUCCUCCUCUGUCUGUCCUGGGAGCUGUCAGCUCAGUCUGCACUGAUCUCACGCAGCACAGCUUCUAAAUGCUAUAUUAAGGCUAGCAUUUAGCUUUUUCUUUUUUGUUUUUCUUUUUUUUGGUGAGCAUGUGAGGGGACAAAGCUGCUGGAGCUAUAACUGGAUUCAAACCAACAAAAACAUUCAUGAUCGGGAAGAUGGACGAGAGAAGUCAGAAAAAAAAUGACACUUUGAUCGGUUGGAUAAAUUGUGAGUGAAACAGCUUCAACCAGGCAAACAGAAGUGUAUACAAGAUGGCAAAAGUCUGCAGUGAAACCUCCCUCUCAGCACGCCAGCGGUUGUCCUCAAACCCGUCUGAUGAUGAGCUGGCUGUCAUCGAAAAUGGGGGGAGCAGGUCGGAAAGAAAAAAAGAGAACAGGAUCCAGUCUCUUAGUGGAAGCCUGACCCCCAAAACACACACUGGUGCCACAGCAAUGGCAAGGCUGUCUUACUUCUUCUCCAUGCUGCGGAACUGGACCUCCUUUAGAAUGAACCCCCCUGAAGAGAGGCGCGACUCUUUCCUCGAGCGUUUCAGAGGUCCUAAGCUCAAAGAAGCGUCCAACGCAGGGAACAGGUCAGAUGAGGACAAGCUUCGACACAGAAGUAAGUGGCCUCUGGCUACUUACAACAUGAAUAACUGCAACAACACAGACGACAAAAAGGAGGAUAAAAAAGAUGAGAUUAAGAAAGAUGAAAAAAAGGAGGAGAAAAAAGAGGAUGAUGGCAAAAAGGAGGAGGAAAAGAAGGAUGAGAAAAAAGAUGAGAAGAAGGAUGAGAAAAAAGAUGAGAAGAAAGAUGAGAAAAAAGAUGACAAGAAAGACGAUAAAAAGAAAGAGGAACCCCCGAAAGAGGUGUGGAUCAUGGAUCCAUCUGCAGACCAGUAUUACAGAUGGUUGACCGUCAUCGCUGGGCCAGUGUUUUACAACCUGAUGAUGAUCGUAACAAGAGCAAGCUUUAAUGACCUGCAAAAAUCGUAUACAAAGCUGUGGAUAGUCUUGGACUACACUUCAGACAUAAUCUACUUAGCAGACACAUUUGUGCGUUCAAGAACAGGUUACCUGGAACAAGGUCUGCUGGUAAAAGACUCAAAAAAGUUAAGAGACAAGUACAGAACAACAUCUCAGUUUAAGUAUGACAUGAUUGCAAUGAUACCCACGGAUCUGUUGUUCCUACAAUACGGAUUUGACAAUCCAGAGUUCCGGUUCAACCGCCUCUGCAAGAUCCAGAGGCUCUUUGAAUUUUUCGAGCGGACUGAGACCAGGACGAGCUUCCCCAACAUGUUUCGCAUCAGCAAUCUCGUACUUUAUAUCCUGGUCAUCAUCCACUGGAAUGCCUGUGCGUUCUUCUCAAUUUCAAAAACCAUUGGCUUUGGUUCAGACACUUGGGUCUAUCCCAAUAUUAGCCAUCCAGAGCAUGGCCGCUUGGCAAGGAAGUACAUCUACUCUCUGUACUGGUCCACACUGACACUCACCACCAUCGGAGAAACUCCAGCCCCUGUCAGGGAUGUUGAAUACCUAUUUGUCAUUGCGGACUUUCUUACGGGUGUGCUGAUUUUUGCUAGUAUUGUAGGUAAUGUCGGUGCCAUGAUCUCUAACAUGAACGCCUCUCGUGCGGAGUUCCAAGCGAAGAUCGACUCCAUAAAGCAGUACAUGCAGUUCAGGAAGGUCACUAAAGACUUGGAGGCCAGGGUCAUCAAGUGGUUUGACUACCUGUGGACAGAGAAGAAAACCUGCGAUGAGAAGGAAGUCUUGAAAACCCUUCCCGACAAACUUAAAGCAGAGAUUGCCAUUAACGUUCACCUUGAUACGCUAAAGAAGGUCAGAAUUUUCCAGGACUGUGAGGCCGGUCUAUUGAUUGAACUGGUGCUGAAGCUGCAGCCUCAGGUGUUCAGUCCAGGAGACUACAUCUGUAAGAAGGGGGAUAUCGGCAGGGAGAUGUACAUCAUUAAGGAAGGAAAGCUUGCAGUGGUGGCCGAUGACGGAGUUACUCAAUUUGUAGUCCUCAGUGAUGGAGCGUACUUUGGAGAAAUCAGCAUCUUAGGAAUCAAAGGUAGCAAAGCAGGUAAUCGGCGAACCGCCAACAUCCGAAGUGUGGGAUACUCUGAUCUCUUUGCCUUGUCCAAAGACGAUUUGAUGGAGGCACUCACUGAGUAUCCAGAUGCCAAGAAAGCUCUGGAAGAAAAGGGAAAAGCCAUCCUGAUGAAAGACAACCUAAUAGAUGAGGCAGUGGCUAAUGCUGGCGCUGACCCGAAAGACCUGGAGGAGAAGAUUGUCAAGCUUCAAGGCAACCUGGACAUGAUGCAGACCAACUUUGCACAGCUCAUGGCAGAGUACACCUCCGGACAGAUGAGGAUAAAGCAGAGGGUCACCAAGAUGGAGGAAAAAGUAAAGUCCAUGAAACCAGAGGAUCUUUCUGAAGUGGUGGCUGACAAGGACAAAAAAGUCCAGUGAUACAUAGAUGUUCUGGAGAACUUGAAAAUGCUGUUUCGCCAUCUCAAAGAAAUGCCCACAUUUCUAACUGUUUCUACUGCACGCUCGUUCUUUUCAUAAUGUGUCAAAAUGUAUACAGCGUAUGUUUAUGUGUAUGCUGGCUGGGAAAACAAUGUGUGGAGAAGAAGCACCUAUGUCUGCCAAAAUAAUGGCUCCUCGUGACCGUAGACUAGCAGCAAUUAUUUUUUUAUCAGCCCAAAGAUUUUUGUGGAAAAUGUACUGAUUAGUGGACUCAGUGUUAUUCUGAAAUGCACUGUCCAUUUCAAUGUAUUACCUCAUGAAAAUGUACAAACUAAAAUAUGAGUUCUGUACAUGGGUUACUGUCAACAAACAUCCGCGGUUGUAAGGUUUAUUUGUCAAUAAACACUUAAAUGCUA